AUGCCGUCUCGUGCCCGCAUCUCCUCCGCCGUCUUCACCACCGCCGCUUCCUCCUCGCCGUCUUCGCGCGCUCCCCACCUCGCCCUCGCCGUCGCCACGGCGCGGGUCCUGUCAGGGACGUUCCGCCCAGAGGAGGCACACCACCUGUUCGAAGAGUUGCUGCGUCAAGCCACCCCCGUCCCCCAGCGCACGCUGAACGGGUUCCUCUCCGCGCUCGCGCGUGCGCCGUCCUCCGCCGCCUGCAGAGAUGGUCCUGCCCUUGCCGUCGCUCUCUUCAACCGCGCGUCUCGAGCUGACGGCCCGCAGGUGCUGUCCCCUACAGUCUGCACCUAUGGCAUCCUCAUGGACUGCUGCACCCGCGCGCACCACCCGGAGCAAACGCUGACCUUCUUCGGCCAGGUUCUCAAGACAGGCUUGGGCGUCAAUACCAUCAUGAUCACCAACCUUCUCAAGGGCCUUUGUGAAGCAAAGCGGACAUACGAGGCUCUGGACAUCCUUCUCCACAGAAUGCCUGAGUUGGGCUGUGUGCCUGAUGUUUUCUCGUACUGCAUACUUCUAAAGAGCCUCUGCAACAAUGGAAACAGUGGUCAGGCAUAUGAAUUGCUACGAAUGAUGGUUGAAAGGAAAGCUGUCUGCUCGCCAGACGUGGUUGCGUAUAGUACGGUCAUCGAUGGCUUCUUUAAGGAGGGCGAUGUUGCUAAAGCAUGUGAUCUAUUCAAUGAAAUGGUACAGCGGGGAAUUUCACCUAAUUUAGUGACUUAUAACUCCGUUGUUCAUGCACUGUGUAAGGCAAGAGCAGUGGACAAGGCAGAGGCUAUCCUUCGACAAAUGGUUGAUAAAGGUGUUCUGCCAAAUAACAGGACGUAUAACAACUUGAUCUAUGGAUAUUCCUCUAUGGGUCAAUGGAAGGAGGCAGUGAGGGUAUUUAAAGAAAUGACAAGUCGAGGCAUCCUACCAGAUGUUGUUACUUUGAACUCGUUAAUGGCUUCCCUUUGCAAGCAUGGAAAAAUCAAGGAUGCUAGAGAUGUUUUUGACUCAAUGGCAAUGAAGGGCCAAAAACCUGAUAUUUUCUCCUACCAAAUUAUGCUCAACGGGUACGCUACUAAAGGAUGCCUAGUUGAUAUGGCAGAUCUCUUCAAUUUGAUGCUUGGAGACAGUAUUGCACCUGACAUCCAUAUUUUCAGUGUGCUGAUCAAGGCAUACGCUAACUGUGGAAUGCUAGAUAGGGCUACGAUUAUCUUCAAUGAAAUGAGGGAGCAAGGAGUGAAACCUGAUGUGGUAAGUUACUAUUGCCUGAUUCAAGGUUUUUGUAUUCAUGGUGGUUUGCUGAAAGCCAAGGAAUUGGCAUUGGAAAUGAUGACUAAAGGUAUGCAUCCUGACAUUGUUUUCUUCAGUUCGAUAAUAAACAACCUUUGCAAAGUGGGAAGGGUAAUGGACGCACAAGAUAUUUUUGACUUUACUGUAAGUAUUGGUCUGCAUCCUACUGUUAUGGUGUAUAGUACGCUGAUGGAUGGGUACUGUCUAGUUGGCAAGAUGGAGAAAGCAUUAGAAGUAUUUGAUGCUAUGGUGUCAGCUGGCAUUCAACCAAAUGUUGUGGUGUACGGUACACUCGUUAAUGGCUAUUGUAAAGUUGGGAGGAUUGAUGAAGGGUUGAGACUUUUCAGAGAAAUUUUGCAUAAGGGAAUAAAGCCUUCAACAAGUUUAUACAACAUCAUACUUCAUGGGUUAUUUCAGGCUGGGAGAACAGUUCCUGCAAAGGUGAAAUUUCAUGAAAUGACUGAAAGUGGAAUCGCAAUGGAUACAUAUACUUACAGCAUAGUUCUUGGUGGACUUUUUAAAAACAGCUGCUCUGAUGAAGCAAUCUUGCUUUUCAAAGAACUACAUGCAAUGAAUGUAAAUGUUGAUAUCACAACUCUCAAUAUCAUGAUAGCUGGACUGUUUCAAAUCAGGAGAGUUGAAGAAGCCAAGGAUCUGUUUGCUUCAAUCUCAGGAAAUGGACUGAUACCUUGUGUUGUAACUUACACUGUAAUGAUGACAAAUCUUAUAAAAGAAGGAUUGGUGGAAGAGGCAGACGAUAUGUUUUCAUCCAUGGAGAAUGCUGGCUGUGAGGCGAAUUCUCGAUUGCUGAAUCAUGUGGUUAGAGAAUUACUAGAGAAAAAUGAAAUAGUCAGGGCUGGAACUUACCUGUCCAAAAUUGAUGAGAGGAAUUUCUCACUUGAACAUUCAACCACAACGUUGAUGAUUGAUCUCUUCUCAAGCAAAGGGACUUGUCGGGAACACAUAAGAUUUCUCCCUGCAAAAUGCUCAUUUACUUUUUCUGAUUCAACAAUUCUGUACCGAAUGUUCAGAGCCGCCGAGCUCCUCAUGUGGCACUUGGGUUCUCUGCUCCAUCAUGGCACAGAAGCAGAACAGAAGCAGAUCUCGGACUGGAGCUGGACGGAGGAGCUUGGGGACUUGGGGUCUCUGCUCAUGACGCAAAACAGGGCACCUGAGGACCAAGCGUUACGGUGUAAGAAGUCUCCUCCGUCCAGCUCUAGUCCACAUCUCCUCCGCCAUCUUCACCACCGCCGCUUCCUCCUCGCCGUCGCCGCGCGCUCCCCACCUCGUCCUCGCCGUCGCCACGGCGCGGGUCCUGUCAGGGACGUUCCGCCCAGAGGAGGCACACCACCUGUUCGACGAAUUGCUGCGUCAAGCCACCCCCGUCCCCGAGCGCACGCUGAACGGGUUCCUCUCGGCGCUCGCGCGUGCGCCGUCCUCCGCCGCCUGCAGAGAUGGUCCUGCCGUUGCCGUCGCUCUCUUCAACCGCGCGUCUCGAGCGGACGGCCCACAGGUGCUGUCCCCUACAGUAUGCACCUCAUGGACUGCUGCACCCGCGCGCACCACCCGGAGCUAACGCUGGCCUUCUUCGGCCAGGUUCUCAAGACAGGCUUGGGCGUCAAUACCAUCAUGAUCACCAACCUUCUCAAGGGCCUUUGUGAAGCAAAGCUAACAUACGAGGCUCUGGACAUCCUUCUCCACAGAAUGCCUGAGUUGGGCUGUGAGCCUGAUGUUUUCUCGUACUGCAUACUUCUGAAGAGCUUCUGCAACGACGGAAAGAGUGGCCAGGCAUAUGAAUUGCUACGAAUGAUGGCUGAAAGGAAAGCUGUCUGCUCGCCCGACGUGGUUGCGUAUACUACGGUCAUCGAUGGCUUCUUUAAGGAGGGCAAUGUUGCUAAAGCAUGUGAUCUGUUCAAUGAAAUGAUGCAGCGGGGGAUUUCACCAAAUUUAGUGAUUUAUAGCUCCAUUGUUCAUGCACUAUGUAACGCAAGAGCAAUGGACACAAGGCAGAGUCUGUCCUUCGACAAAUGGUUGAUAAAGCAUGGAAAAUACAAGGAUGCUAGAGAUGUUUUUGACUCAAUGGCAAUGAAGGGCCAAAGACCUAAUGUUGUCUCCUACCAUAUUAUGCUUAAUGGGUACGCUACUCAAGGAUGCCUAGUUGAUCUGACAGAUCUCUUCAAUUUGAUGCUAGGAGACAGUAUUACACCUAACAGCCAUAUUUUCAAUGUGCUGAUCAAGGCAUAUGCUAAAUGUGGAAUGCUAGAUAGGGCUAUGAUUAUCUUCAAUGAAAUGAGGGAGCAAGUAGUGGAACCUAAUGUCGUAACUUAUUUGACAGUGAUAGCUGCGCUUUGCAGAAUUGGUAAGAUGGAUAAUGCUGAGGAAAAAUUUAAUCAGAUGAUUGACCAAGGAGUAAUACCCAGUAUAGCUACUUACAGGUGCCUGGUUCAAGGUUUUUGCAUUCAUGGUGGUUUGACAAAAGCUAAGGAGUUGGUUUUGGAAAUGAUGAAUAAAGUUGGCAAGAUGGAGAAAGCAUUAAGAGUAUUUGAUGCUAUGGUGUCAGCUGGCAUUGAACCAAAUGUUGUAGUGUACGGUACACUUGUUAAUGGCUAUUGUAAAGUUGCCAAGAUGGAGAAAGCAUUAAGAGUAUUUGAUGCUAUGGUGUCAGCUGGCAUUGAACCAAAUGUUGUAGUGUACGGUACACUUGUUAAUGGCUAUUGUAAAGUUGGAAGGAUCGAUGAAGGAUUGAGACUUUUCAAAGAAAUUUUGCACAAGGGAAUGAAGCCUUCAACUAUUUUAUACAGCAUCAUACUUGAUGGGUUAUUUCAGGCUGGGAGAACAGUUUCUGCAUUGGAAAUGUUCCAUGAAAUGACUGAAAGCAGAAUCUCAGUGCACACAAUACAUGCAACAUAG